GAGGGAGGGAGGGAGGCAGCGAGAGAGCGAGAGAGCGAGGCGAGAGAGAGAUGAAUAUGAGGCGAUAGCGGAGACAAAGGGGGUGGGCGGGGGGAGCGUUCGAGCCGGGGUUCGUUUCUCUUCGCGGGGACACUACAGCACAGCGGACCGGUCCGGGGGGUCACGGCUCAUCUCGACUCCGCGGCUCAUCCCGACUCCUCGGCUCAUCCAUCAACAGGCGCGGGGACAGGAGCUCGCAAACUCAGCCGAGAGACCGGGGAACGAUCAUCAUCAGCAGCAGCAGCAUUAUCAUCAUCAUCAGCAGCAGCAUUAUUAUCAUCAGCAGCAUUAUCAUCAUCAUCAGCAGCAACAUUAUCAUCAUCAGCAGCAGCAACAUUAUCAUCAUCAGCAGCAGCAACAUUAUCAUCAUCAUCAUCAGCAGCAUUAUCAUCAUCAUCAGCAGCAGCAUUAUCAUCAUCAGCAGCAGCAACAUUAUCAUCAUCAGCAGCAUCAUCAGUAGCAGCAACAUUAUCAUCAGCUACACGCGGUAUCGUCGUCCAUGACAACCACAGCGUUAUCUCAUAUUUACGCCACUAGCGGAGAAGUCAAUCAGCAACAUCAUCAUCAGCAGCAGUAUAAUUAUUAUCAGCAUCAGCAGCAGCAUCAUCAUCAUCAGUAUUAGCAGCAUCGUCACAAUCGGUGGCCAGAGCAACACCCUUUAAACAAAUCCGUCAUUCGCAGCGGCAAAAAUCAGCAUCCUUGACAUCAUCAUCAUCACCGUUCGUCGUCAUCAGCAUCACGAGCAUCAUAAGCAUACGCCGUAUCACAGGAGCAUUAUCAAAUAUGUUUGUCAUUAGCGGUGGUAUGAAUGAGCAGCAUCAUCGGAAUUGAAAUCAUUUUCAUCAUCAGAAGCAGCAUAUGCAGCAUCAGCUGCCGAUAUUCCAGCAACAGCUGCAUUGUCAUAUACUCCCUAUGAGCAGUAACAUCACUCAACAUCAUCGACAGCAUCAUCAUCAUCAUCACCGUUCAUCAUCAUCAGCAGCAGCAAAUUCAUCGUCAUCAUCAGCUGCAUCAUCAUCAUCCUAUCCCGUUAGAGGAGUAGAAUCGUCGUCAUCAUCAUCAUCAUCAUUAUUAACAGCGGUAUCAUAAAUUAUUACCACAUUGUUUCAGCAUCGCUAAUUAUAAUCAUCAUCUUCUCCGCCAGGAGCAGCAUCAAUCAUCGUCACCAGCGUCGGUAUCAAUCAGUGUCGGCACCAGCUGUUGCUGCUGCUGCUGUUAUUGCUGCUACUUCUACAGCCGCAGCAGGAGAGGACCGAGUCCGCCUGCUUGCACUGCCACCAUCACCAAGUACCACCACCACCGUGGCGACCACGCAUCCACCAUCAGCGGAACUGCCACCACCAUCACCACCAUCACCACCACCACCACAACCACCACCACCAUCCACCCAUCCACGCGCCCUACACCAUCACCACCCACCCACCCUCCACGCGGCACUAUCACCAGCAGCACCACCGCCACCAUCACCACCACCACCACCGCCACCACCCACCCUCCACCCGACACGAUAACCAGCACCGCCGCCGCCGCCACCACUGCCGGCGCCGGAGCCCCAAGGAUGGAGCUCCGCAUCUGGGACCACAUGGCCAUCGACGUCUGCCCGGAGCCCAUCCGCCCCAUCAAGCAGAUCUCUGACUACUUCCCCCGCGUGCCCUGCUCCUUCCCCGCAGCCAUGAACCGCUCGGGGGCUCCGGGGGCAGUCACGGCGGGGGGAGCCGCGGGGGGAGCUGCGGACGGAGGAGACGCGGCGGCGGCGACGAUGCGGGAACGAGAGCGACUCCAGCAGAUUCAGGCGGAGAGAGUGGAGCGCGAGAGGGGGGAGCGAGAGAGGGCGGCCGUGGCGGUGGUGGUGGCGGUGGCCGCGCCCGUCGAGUCGGAGCGAGACGUGGAUCGAGACGAUGACAGCGGCGACUCGGAUGACAGCACUACUCUGGGCACGCUGGAAUUCACUCUGCUCUACGAACAGGCGAACAACGCUCUGCACUGCACCAUCAUCAAGGGCAAGGGACUCAAGCCCAUGGACUCAAACGGUCUCGCCGACCCUUACGUGAAGCUGCAUCUCCUGCCCGGAGCGAGCAAGGCGAACAAACUGCGCACGAAGACGCUGCGGAACACGCUGCACCCCGUGUGGAACGAGACGCUCACCUACCACGGCAUCACGGACGACGACAUGCUGCGCAAGACGCUACGGGUGUCCGUGUGCGACGAGGACAAAUUCGGUCACAACGAGUUCAUCGGGGAGACGCGGAUCCCCCUGAAGAAGCUCAAGGCGAACCAAGCUAAAAACUUCAACAUCUGUCUGGAGAGGCAACUCCCGUCUGCUCGCAGGAGCGGCACUGGGAUGGGAGGAGCGCGUGGGAUGGCUCUGUACGAGGAAGAGGGAGACAAGAGCGAGGAGAAGGGUCAGGAGGAGAGGGGCCGUGUUCUCAUCGGCCUGCGCUACAGCAUGCAGAAGGCCGGCCUGCUCGUCACCGUGCUGCGUUGCGCUCACCUGGCCGCCAUGGACGCCAACGGAUACUCGGACCCCUUCGUGAAGCUGCACCUGAAACCCGACAUGGGCAAGAAGGCCAAGUGCAAGACGAGCAUCAAGAAGAAGACCCUGAACCCCGAGUUCAACGAGGAAUUCUUCUUUGACAUCAAACACAGCGACCUCGCCAAGAAGACGCUGGAGGUCACCGUGUGGGACUACGACAUCGGGAAAUCAAACGACUUCAUCGGCGGGGUGGAGCUGGGCAUCAACGCGAAGGGCGAACGUCUGAAGCACUGGUUCGAGUGUCUCAAGAACAAAGACAAGCGCAUCGAGCGCUGGCACACGCUCACCGGGGAGGCUCCGGGCUCCGGGGCGCUGAGCGACUGAUCUCCCGUCGCGGCAUCUAAACCCCUCCACCCCCCUACCACCACCACCUCACCCCACCAACAUACCCCCCCCAGCCCUUACUGAACACACCACAAGGGUUCUUCUCGCACGUUGACUCGCCACGGGAGUUGGUUGCCGUCGGUCCCCCCCUCCCCCACGCGAGGCAGGAAGGCCGCCCGGAGCCCGACUGGCUGAUGAGACCCAGGAGGUCGAACCCAGGCCAGAGAUUGCGUCACUGCUCGACGUCACGCGUUGCUCCGUGCCGACAGGCGGCAGCGUCGUUUACUCGCAGGAGGGGAGCUCGGGUCCACAGCUGUCUGCCAAACAUUACCGAACGUGUCACCCUUCGAGUAUAGCCGUCAAGCCGCCGUUAUACGUGCCACACGCGCCUGAUGAUUGCUAAACGCAUAGCACGUGCAACCCCCCCCCUCCCUCCUCGACAGCAUGCUUCGACAGCAUGUGAUUUGGCAUUUUCUCUCCAAAGAUCUUCCGUGUAGCCUCAACAGAAUGUUGGGGCAAGUGCUGUUAGCGAGCACCUAUGAAGGCCGGCACGGCACGCAAAGGGGUGGGUGGCCAGCACCACGCCAGGCCGUCUUUGUCUUCCGAGUGGUGAUGAUUACACACCGCACCAGGUACUCACUCAAGGCCGAGUAGACCUAGGGGAGGCCCAUGACCGGUUCAGAUAAUCGUCACUGGUGUUGGCCGUGAGCGGGAAUCGAACUCGUGUCGCCGAUCAGGGCGCUGACCAUCAUCACCGUCACUUUGAGAUCGGCGCUUCUCUGUCACGCGGUGAAUGAUGUGUUUAGCAAUCAUCAGGCGCAACGUACGUGGGGCGAGUAACCACGCCACAGUUUUAAGCCACGGCCGGGAAUCGAACACAGGUCGCCGGGUUCCGUAGCGCCAGUGUGCUAACCGCUGCGCCACUGCUCCGGUCACACACACAGAUCACCUCCACCCCGAUUUUUCCGCUGAUCGGAUCCGAUAUCAUUUUGACGAUUCGUCAAGAUUGAAAAAAGUCACGAACCGAUUAUUGAUAUUGUUAUUAUUGCCCUCGUGGUGCAUGUAAAACAUCUUAGUGCUAUGAAAAUAUAUUAGGUUAUGAACGAUAACAAAAGUAUAUAUAUUAAAAUCAUACGAAUCGGAUAAACGAUCGAUUCUAAAAACGCACGUUCAACGCGCGGCGGUGAUUCGUGAUUGUAAACCAUUUCUGAUCGAUUGAUCGUUAAACCUAUACUACUGCACGCACACACACGUGUGUUGUUUCACUACAAGUGGAUUUACGAAUCCCAAAACUCGUCCCCCCAUAUCCCCUCUAACGACUCAAUCCCUCCCCCUCCUCCUCCCCAAACUCCAACUCCCCAACCUACAGAACCCGAAUCCCCUACCCCUCCCCCCCACCCCCUUAUCCCCCUACCCCCUUUUUAACCCUACCACUCUACCUCCUCCCAUCCCCUCUCACCCCCUCCCCUCUCCGAUACCCACUCCAUCCCCCUUAUUCCCCCCUCCCCCCUAUCCUAUCCCCUCCCCCCAUAU